AUGUCGUCUUCAUUCUAUCAUACCGAGCUUAGCAGGGCCCUUUCCGAACAAGCUUUCGGGCUGUCUCGGUUCGACGUAUACGGAGGCUCGUCACCUCAUGAGGCCACUGCCUCUGUCACUCUGCUAGAGGGCAGAACUAUACGCAUAACGCUCACUGCUCGUGGUUAUCAGGUGCGUAUACUUGAUGGGGAUCAGAUCUUCGAAUCUAUUGAAGGUCUCUUGCAGGCCGUCAGUGCAGCAUACGAAGGAAAGAGGAGAGAGGCUUUAUUUUCGCGCCUGCGAAGCCUAUCGUGA